UUCCUGUUUAGCCGUUCAAUGUAAAAUGUAUGAUAAAAAUAGAGAGAGAGAGAGAGAAAGAGAUGAUUUACUUUUUCGUUUUUUCCAGUUGUGCGUGUUGUUGUAAUUUAAACAGAUCAUUCAAUUCCGCUCAGUCCGAAGACAAUAAUUUAUAGGGUUAAGGAGAAAAGAGCGGGCACUUUUCAGUGAGAUAGAGUUAUCAACUCUAAACCCCGCUUCUGACAGUGACGGAAAGCAAAGAAGAGGAAGUGAUGGAUUACAUAGAAGAAGAAACAAUUUGGCGACCCCAGGCGUCAGGACAAGAAAGCCUAAUUGACGAAUUCAUGGAGAAAUUCUACACCGAAGAUGAUCGCCCCAACAUGAUUUUCUCAGUGAUUGGUGACUCCAAUAGCCUCGUUCCCAAAAUUUGGCCAAAGUCUCGUUUUCAAGUGACAUUGACUUAUGCGGCAAAAGCUGCCGGAGUGAGUUGGAUACUAAGUCAGGGAGAGCCCCUGAAGAUCUCCAAAAUCAUUCGAGAAAUGGUGGAAGAAUAUGUUUAUUUGGAGAAACCGAACCAAGCGUCUCCCAUUCGUCUGGUUUCGAUCCCUUCUAAAGAAGUGGUGGACAACGAAACACUUUACUUUGACUUGCCGGAAGUUUACGAAAAUGAAACUAAGGAUGAGUAUAACAAUAGUGUGUACAUGAGUCUACGUGCCCAUGCCUGUAACACUGACUACAUAGAUUUCAGACUAACGUUUGAGAGCAGACUACACAGACCUCAAGCCAAUGAAAGGAACGCGGUGUUGCUGGUUCUCGUGGAGGGGGACCUGUCCGCCGUAGAUCACGUGAGGCGGGCCACCGAGAGCGGUAUCCCCGUGGUGGUGGUCCAGGGUACGGGAGGGGCCGCCGACCUACUGGCUCAACACAUAAACGCAGUAAAAAAUAACCAAAGUUUGGACUGGAGAAUAUUUCUGCCUACAUUGUUUGGUAUUCAGUUGGAGGAGGUCGUAGUGAACGAACUAGAACGAGACUUGGAGACCAUAGGAGACAAAGCCUUCUUAGUGGACGUGUUCGACCUUCAAAACAAGAAUGAGGAAGAGUUUGCAGCAAUGGUGGGUGAGCUUGUAUAUAGGGCCUGGUCACAUGAAGAGAUGGAUUACGUAAAGGGAAACAGGCAAAAGAAUACCAUCGGGCGUUCUCACAAAGAUGUAUCAAGGAAAGACCGCAGCAGAUCUUACUGCGUGUCAGUAAACUGGAAAAGAGAAAAAAGCACGUGGCACAUUGCGAAAAUUCACGAGACCCACUCGUUAACAUCAUUCUCAUCACCGUUUUCGCUUCCUUUGGACUUUUUCUUUCAGUUUUCUAAGCAUUUGAAUGAGAAUGACUCGAGGGUCUCUGAGCAAUUCACCGAGACAGCUAAGGAACUGUUGCUGGAGGCCUUGCUCACCAACAGGACGGAUUAUGUCGAGGCUCUUCUGGACUUGAACCUGUCUCUGUCAACAGAGCAGAUAGACAAACUGUACCACAAACGGUUUCAAAUAAAUGAAGAUCCAAGUGAUGGUAUCAAGGAAGAUGAUGAUUUGUUCUGGGUUAUUAAGAACAUGGCUAAGAAGAAAAAUGCAUUUCAAUUGUUGGAAGGAAAUAAAACGCACGAAAAUGCGCAAAAGAUUGUCAAACAAAUACUCCAUUAUGAAGAAACCGAAGACCCACGGAUAGAAGCUGGGUGCAGUACGAAAAGACGAAAGUCGUAUGUCGUCCGCCAGAAGUCCUUACAGGCGAUUCUGCUCUGGUCCCUGCUUACAAACAAAGCUGAUAUAAGCACUCUGAUGUGGAAGAGAGUAGCCAAUCAACUUUAUACAGGUAUUGUAAGCUCUGUGAUUUUAAAGAUUAUGGCCAGCCAUGCUGAACUGAAGGACAAAAAUCUCGCCAAAAGUUUAGAUGAACAUUCAAAAACUUUCAAGAUCAGAGCUUUGAACAUGAUGGACACGCUUUUCCAGACGGAUAAGAAGGUGGCAUUUGAUAUAAUGGAUAGUUUGGAGACAGUCUGGAAAAUCCAAGCAACACCCAUUGCGUUUGCAUAUGAAUUUCAAAUGUAUGACGUCAUUGCGCAUCCCAGUACGGUGGCUUUAAUGAAUAAGAAGUGGUACCGUGAUAUGGUUCCAAGCUGGAAGCAGUUGUUCACCAAAGCCUUGAAAAAUCCCUGUUUUGUCUUUAACAUGAGAUGUUCCCACUUCGUUCUACACUACAUCCUGUUUGGAAUAACAUUGAUAAUGUACAGCUACUUUCUGCUGACUGAUGUUAAACCUCUACGAAACUUGUCAGCUAAGGAUGCCAUUUGUGAAAUGACGCUGUACCUGUGGACUACUUUGGAUUUCAUUAAUGACGUCAUCAGCGUUUUUGGUACACUCUGUAGAAAGGUAGAAACCAGACGACACAAAAAGCGGAAGUUUUUCUCCCGGCUGAACGACAUGUGGAAACUUUUCGGACUCAUCUGCUUUUGUCUAGUUAUAUUUACCUUCAGUGUAAGAUGGAAGAAAUCAACAAAAUUUCGGAUGGUCAAGAGAAUCGCCGCUCUGCUGUUGCUCUUCUCCUACCUCAGAUAUAUGCGCGUCUUUGCUCUUCGGAAGUUUACCGGCAUAAGCUUCAUGUUCCUGAAAUACAUGUUGUAUAACCUGUUGAAGUUUCUGAUCGUGGUGGCUUUCCUGAUAAUUGGUGUCGGAGUUUUUUAUGAGGCUCUUCGCGAUAACUCAGGCAUGGAUAUGUCUGGCAAAUGGUACGAAUGGAGUCUCUGGAACAUCCUAUUCCAUCCCUUUUACCAAUUGUUUGGAGAAAUGUUUGAAGAUAAGUUUGGUUUCGACGGCAACCCAGAUAAAAAUCCAAAAACCGAUUGGAGUGUCAAGAUGGUGGCUGCCGUUUUUAUGAUGGUUGGAAAUUUGCUGGUUAUCUCCCUUAUAACUGCCUUUUUUACAACAACGUAUGAUGAAGUUUUGGCAAAAUCAGAAAAGAUGUGGCAGUAUGAGAGGUACCAAAUCAUAAUGGAUUUCCAGGAUAGAAUCUUUGCCAAUCUUGAUAUAGUCUUUCCAAUUUUCAAGUGUAUAAGGAAAUGUAAAAAACGCGAACUCAGGGUGAAGGAACAUUUCAUCAAUUACCGCCAUCAUCAAAUUCUCCAGUACAUCAUGGCCGGAAGAUCCAUGGAAAAAUAAGCCUUCCGACCGUCCUCGAUUCUACCAUAUAUAGAGCAGCAUUUACUUCCUGCAGAAACGUUUUCUUUUACUUACCCGUGAGGGGUCGCUCUUGCGGCAUUUUCUCACCAAAAUAUUUUAUAACUUGUAUAAUCUUGUCAUUUACAUUUGUAUUAUUCUAAUAUUUUUUAUUUUUUUCAUUGAGUAUACAUUGAUUUUUUAUUUAGAAUUUGAAUGAAAAAAUAUCAAAAUCUCAGCUUAAGAUACGAAAAUGGGCCGUCUUUGACUAAAACCACCUCUUUUAUCCACUGUCACAUCUUACAGAUUCAAAAACUUUGAAUUUACGUUAUUUUUGGGUGUUAAUAAUAAGAAAAAAGCUUUUAAAUUAGUUAAUAAAGUACCUGCCCUGUUCCCGAGUCCAGCUUUUUAUGCGCGAAAAUUAAAAAAUAUUAACAAAAUUGAAGAUGAGAAAUGUAACUUGGGUAAAUGACUUUAAACAGUGGAAAAAUGUGAAUACGAUGACAAAAUGUAUAAA